CAAAACUUAAGUAACAUGUUUCAGGGACAAAGUAGUCAACAAGUUCCAAAAGGUUAUAUUAUUCCUGGAAGGGAAAUUCCGAAGUGGUUUGAAAAAGCAAACAUAUCUGAUACUUUAGUGGCCUCUCGUUGUUAUUCAUCUGUGGGACCCACUAUAAUAAAAAAAGUGAAGAUACAAUUGCCUGGGUCUGGGUCAGGGUCAGGGUGUGAUGAGUGGUGGGGAAUUGUUUUGUGCAUUGUUUUUAAACCCACCGAGGAGCGUAAUCAUGAUUACCAACUGGACUAUCUCUUUGAAGUGGAUGAAUGCCUAAUGACUUAUUACGCAUUUGGACUUGGAGACCCUACUUUUUUUAUUAAAAUUACGGCAGAAUAUGGAGGGGAAUGGUCUCGUACAUAUUAUACGUCAGAAUAUGUUAAAGUGGAAUCGCAUCAUCUUUGGCUGCAUAGUCUGUCCAAGGAAUGUUUACUUCCAACAGAGAUUGAUAAUAAGCGAUUCCAUGAAGUUGAGCUUGAAAUAGAGACCGGGCGCAUGGAGGUGGAGAAAAUUGGGCUUCGUGUGGUAUAAAAGCAAGACAUUGAAGAUCCCAAUUGAGAUGCUUUCUUCAGUUGGUGAUGAAAUCUAGGGUUUGAAGAUCCCAACCAAAAUAUGCGAAGCCCAUGAUGAGGAUGAUGGGGAAUUCUUUUCUUCACUUCUUUUACCUAAAUUUACAAAAGACACCUUGCCUGCUUCAGAUGUUGAUUUUGCUCUAUGAUUUGCACACCUACGUAUAAUUGAAGUUAGA